UUAUCAUGUUACGUAUAAUUACGUUCAUAAAGCUUGAUAUGAGUUUUCACUUAAUUUUUUUCGAGUUGAAUGCAAAAAAAUAAGACUUCACAUACAUACAUCGCGUUACGAAACACCUUUGUGAGACGUAGAGAUAUCACGUUCGUCGAAAGCGAGCAUGAGCUGGAUUGUUUAGAUUCUGGGAGACAUGGAGUCGCUGCGCGUCGUAACAUUAACCGGCAACCCGGUGCUGAAGCAGAUAAAGAUGUAUCGCAAGACGAUGAUUCUCAAGUGUAAGAAUCUACAAUACCUGGACGAUCGGCCGGUGUUUCCGCGCGAUCGUGCCUGCGCCGAGGCUUGGUAAAUCUAUCAGGAAAAAACGAGAUUAUGAGCGAGACGGGUAUCGUUAUCCUUAAAAUAUCUCUGGGUCCAGGAUGCGCGGCGGUGUCGACGAGGAGAUGGCCGAAAGGAACCGGUGGAUCCAGGCGGAACAGAAGAAGAUCAACGACAGCGUCAUGGCCCUGAUAAACAAAAGGAAGCUGUACAAACCGGUCGGGACGUCCGAAAAGGAGGCGGUGGAAACGAAGAAGCAGACGGUGGAGAAGGAGGAGGAAGAAAAGGACGAAGAAGUUGCUGCGAAGUCAAGCGCGCACACCGCAACGAGGAGCCGCGGUCUGCUCGACCUGGAGAGAAAGAAAAAGUCCGAGGGACGAUCCUUCCUCGAUUCUUCAUCGUCGUCGGGCGAAGAGCUCACGAGCGAUGAAGAAAACGAACGUACGCGGCAAAAAGGAGGCGAGGAAAGUGACGGAAAGAAGCCAAUGGCGGAGGAAGAGAGAAAAGUCUCCGAUGAAAACAACGAGGAGCUUCUGUUGCCCUGGAAUGCCGAGACUCGAGAAACAAUUCAACCACAAACGUUGGUCGAAGAAAUAUCGGAGCAACGUAUUGCCGAUGACAAUUGUAAAAGCAUACAUGAUGACAGUCGUAUCGUCGAUGGGGAGAUCGCUGAUUAUAAAAGAAUAUUAAUAAUGGAAAAAGAAGAAAUAUCAAAUUUACAAAAAUCGGUUGAUAAUGAUAAUAAUGAAACAAAGGAUCGCAAAAACGAGAAAACAUCUACUUGUUCCGUAUCGAGCGACACAUCGGAUCUAAAGCAAACGUUAGAAGAGAAUCAGAAACUCAUGGGAACGGUCACCGGUUUGAGAGACGAUGCAUCGAAUAAAAAUAUCAAGAGCUAUCAAAGAAAAAGCAAAGAAUGUCCGUUCGGUUCUAAACUUAGCAGUAUACGCGAAGAGAUGAGAGAAUUUUGCGACAAUAUGAACAAGUUUAUAGACGAAAAUAAGAUAGUGUUCAAAAACGGCGAGGUGGAAGGAUUCUGGGGCGAGAGGAAGAUGGUGGUGGACGAGAAUCUGCAAACUGAUUCCACUGAUGAUAGGGAGAUCCAAGAAACCGGAACUAAGAUUUCCACGAGCAAGGAAGAUAAAUUGCAAUGGUGGAGCACUAAGGAGAGAAAACUGGAGAUAGAGGCGAUUAUAAAACAACGAGAGGACGAAGCGAGGAAAAACAAAGUUGAGAUUAAGGACGCUGCAACGAGUGAUAAUCCCGAUUGUUCUUCAUUAGAAGAUAAGAAGCAGGCUGUCGAUGCUACGAACAAUUUUCAAGACGUCUACGAUUUGAUGACAAUGAAGUCUUGCCCGAGAUAUCUUCCGGAUUCAACGGAAACAUACUCGGUAAAAGAUAAUUAUAUAUACGAACAAUCUGCAAAAGUAUCACAAGAAAAAUCAGGCGGAAUAUUCAACAGCCUCUUUGCCGAAUUAAAGAAUCGAGAUAAUAUUCAGAAAAUAAGCAAAACGAAAGUCUCAAGCGAGUUGAUGAUUCUGGAGGAGAAAUUGGAUUGCGAAAACUCAACAAUCGACACGAAACAAAAAAGUAUCCCUAAAAUUAUUAAUAUAACAGAUGUUGAUUUCGAUGAGCAAGCCUCGAAAAAAAUAGAAACUGAUGAGAACUAUCCGAAAAUCGAAGAUUUGGAAGAUAAGUUUAACAAUCUUCUACUGAAAUCUUCAGAAGUGAAGAAAAACGUCGACGAAUCCGACGAUGAUUCUUUCAAGACAGCAACGUCUCUUGUAGAAGACUCAUCGAAUUUGGAAAGCAAUCAAGAGUCACCAAAAGUUCUGAAAUUGUCCAACGUAGAAGAGAACUGUGAUAAAGUCGAUUCGAGUAAGGAAAAUGUCGAUUUAAACGAUUGUUGCGAGAAAAUAAUUUCAAAUAAAGAGCGCAAUGAUCUCAUUUGCGAGAACAAGAAAAUCACUGAUAAAAUAGAAAAAUUUUCCACUAAAACGGAAACGUCAAACAGCGAGCAGAAAUUAUCAACUGGUACCGAGGAAUCUAAUUCUCAAAUGGAAUCGCUCGUCCGAGCGAUAGAUCGCUUAACUCUGGGAAGAACCAAUCAGACGUCUUUGAGACUGACUGGCAAAAGAACUCGCGAAGCCGAAGAUGUCGAAGUCAAUAACAAGAAAUCCUUCCUCAUUAAGGAAAUAAACUCUGGAAGAAAGUCGGAUGAACGCAAAUCUCGCAGUCAAAUCUCUGAAAAAUGCAGACAGCACGUGAUACAAGAGACGAAGAAAUUCGCAAAGAGAGUAUCUCCGUUGAUCGAUAAAUGCAUAACGAGUCUGAUAAAAGACGCAGAAAAUGUAGACGGAAAAUCGCAGUAUCAUAAAUACGAUCGGCGAAGUCUCGGUGAAUAUUUGCCAUCCGGUUUCGUCUCGAAAAUGGAUCUUAAUAAAAUCGCGGGUGAUUCUGGCGAACGAAAAAAUUCCCCCGAUAAAUAUGACAACAAAUCUAAUGAUCUAACGAGCUUACAAUCUGAAAGACAAGAAUUAAAGCAGACAGUCAAUUCGGAAUCUGCCAAGGAUUCAGCAUCAGUUAAUGAUUCUGAUAUUCAAUCGCUUGCCAAUAUUUUGCAACAGUCUGGUAGCAUUUAUGAAUCGGAAUCAUCGGCCUUAAAUGCUGACGUAUCGCUUUACAAAGAAUUUUGCGAUCAUUUGCACAAAUUAGAAAGCGAAAAGAAAUUGCUGAUUAAGUCAAAUUUCACGGUGGACAGAGAAGAAUCAAAAGAAAAGUUACCUGAUGAUAAAUCAAUACAGAAAACAGAAGAUCCGAUAAAGAAAUCAGUUAAACCACUGAUUGAAGUGAUUUCUGAAAAUCCUGCAAUUUCUAAGGAUUCUGAAGCAAUUUUAGAGCAAAAAGAAAUUAAAGAAAGAUCGCACGCUUCUCAAAAUGUUUCCGAUUAUUGCCAAAAGAAAGAUAUUGUCUUCGGGCUGGUCGAGGAGACGACUACGAUGUCUGAAGAUUCUGAAAAUCAUAUUAAUCAAGAAAGCGCAAUUAACUUGACAGAGGGAAUGAUGUUUUCAACGUCACAUAAAUUAGGCAACACAGAAGAAGAGUGUGUGUUGCCAGAAGAAAAACGCGAAACUACUACAAAAAAUAUGAAAAAGAGUAUAGAGAUGCAAGUUGCGCAGGAAAACUAGCAUGAAUUAUAUAAUCUUUUACUACAUUAUUCACUGAAAUCGAUAAUCACAGUUAAUAAUAUGUGCUUCACCUACGUCACUCGGAUAAAGUGUAAAACUGACAAAAACUCAUUAUUUAUAGGAAAGCGAGAGUCUUUACACGAUUUGUCGUAAUUGAAAAUACAUUUCGCUAGUUUAAGUUUGUAAGAUGUUCGACGCAAAAGCUUUUGCUCUUCCAUUUGAAAUAAAUACUUUAUCAUCGAUUCAAGAUGGAUUUUGUGAAUUCGAGGACUGCAAAAGCUCGAAACGAGAAAGAAACGAGACAGGUGGUGGAACAGAUCGACCUUCUACUACGUACACUUUAUUUUUGUGUUCCACACUCACAUCAAUUAUAUAAUAAUAAUAAUAAUCAUAAUAAUGAGACGCGAUGGCGGUGAUGUCAAUGGGCCGUAAUUAAUAAUAUUAAUAAUAAUAUUAAUCCGUAAUUAUAUGCGCAAUGAUAAUCGGUUCGCACGCGAAAGAAACGAUAGUCUGUCACGUUUAAAUAUAUUAUCUCUUUACCCUUUUCGUCUUAUAUUUUCAGCCUCCAGAAAGAUCUCAGAUGGACCGUUUAUACUCGCAGAAGCUAACCACCUUGUCACUUGGCAAAAAGCUCUUGAUAUACUAUAUUUAUAUAGAGUGAUGCCGCGCGCAUAUAACGAAAUUCUCUCUCCUCUCCCAUUCUUCCUUUCUCGAGUCUCGACUCACGUUUUUUUUUCUUUUUUUUUCCCCUCACAUCGUCUCCCUCGUUUUGUUUACAACAUAUCUGUGUAGGAAAUAAUAAGGAACGUGUAUCCCUCCCCUCUCCUUCUCUCUCAAACAAGCGUACGGAUUUACAUACCUUCCGCUAAGAUCGUUUAUAGUAAUAGAUUUAUAAAUAUGCACGUAUAUAUCACCUCGCUGUCCGCACAGGCACGCAGAAAUAAAAUUUGGUAUUCUGUUUUUUUUUUUUUUUUCUUUUUUCUUCCUUUGUAUGUAUCUUUGUUUUCUUUUUCUCACUCAUUCUUACAUAGUUUACUUGUGUUCUCUCAUAGAUAAUUCUUCUCUCUCUCUCUCUCUCUCUCUCUCUCUCUCUCUCUCGCUCGCUCGCACGCGUUUGCUCUCUAAUUGUAAGUUAUUCUUUAAAACGUAUCAAGAGUGUCGAUAAAGAACGAGAUCGAUGAUCGAGAUUGAGAAAAUCGGGGCGAGUUCUCGCGAAGAGAACUUCCUUUGAUUUGAACGCGUGAUCUUUAUCGCGUUCAUCGAUCGAACGCUUCAUCGACACCCUGUACAUACGUCUCUUUGGGCUUUAUCCCCUCGUACUAUCGUAUCGUUAUCGUGAUAAUAGUUGUGUGCCGGUUGUUUCCGUCGCGGUUAAUGAUUAGUUGAUGCGUUACAGCCCUUACAUUUUACGACUUAUGACUUACGUUAUACAGAGAGUAUCUUACGCACUAAGUGUUUCUCUUUCCAAAAAAUUGGGAAGUCCGCCGCUUUGGUUUCUCCUUUUUCUUUUUUUUUUUUGUCCCUUAUCGUAGGGCCACAAUCGACUUCUCAUCGUCGAUUAGACGUACAGUUUCGUCGAUAUCAAAAUCGAACGGCGCUUUUUCUCAGAAAAGAUGCUCCUUAUGUUCCGUUUUGUUUCUCAACAGCAUAUAAAAGAAGCAAUUGUUCUCGCGACACUGUAACAGACAUAUAAUUCCGGUCAUCGUAAUUUGCAAUCACGAAGUAGAAGCAACAGAACUUUGUCACACCUGUCACGU